AUUAGUUAGUUUUUGUCCGUUUACUUGGAAAAAGGAAAGCGAAAGAAUAUUUGUCAGUAAAAAAUAAAUUGUUAUCUGGAAAUCGAUCUAACAGUGAAUGUUGUUGUAGGCUACGAACGUUGAAUGCGCAAAUAUAUUUCUUCUGUAUUCAAUGACUUGUUUUACAACUGGAAAGCCGCAUUCGCGUUCUACUGAUGUGCUGAUAUGAUUUGAUGGAGAUAUAGCAGCUGUAUUUGUUUACGAAUUUCCGGAAAGACGAGAAAGUUAUAAAAGCUAUUUUAUAGUAACACAAGCAGCGGCGCCGCAAAUAAUUUUAUGACCAGGAAUAAUUUGCAAUCUUUGAAAGAAGACAACCAUUGCUCUGGAGAAAAUAAGGGAAUUGCUGAGAGUGCAAAAAAGCCGUUAUCACCACAAACAAAAUACAUUCGACCACAAACAUGUUUAAGUCGAAAACCUUGACUUAUCAAAUUGCGAAAGAAUACCGCACAUGGCGAAAAUUCAGCAGUCACAACAAAGGCAGUGGGAGUAUGGCUAAAUAUCCACCACCUCAGUUCAAACUACAACGUGCGCUAAUCAUAGCGAAAUUUUCGAGAUACGAAUUCGAACAGAUGCGCUAUCCAAAACUAAAUCGAGAGCAGCUGGAAAAGAAGCUGCGGCAUCGGGGCACCGACUAUGAAAUGUUAAUGUAUCUGCAUAAUAUACACAAGGACUUUGAGCGAAAGGUGGUAAAGAGUUUUUUGGAUGUGGGCUGCGAAGUUAAGGUGGCUAAUAGAGUCGAAUUUAGAAGCUCCCUAAGCAAGGAGAUCAUGAAAUGGGCCGAUUUGAUUGUACCUGUGGGCGGCGAUGGUACCUUUUUGCUGUCGGCGGGACGUGCCAGUCCACUAUUUGCGCAGAGUCAACAGAAAACACCCAUUGUUGGCUUCAAUUCAGAUCCCCAGCGCUCCGAGGGUCGAUUAAUGUUGCCAAAGCAUUACACAGAAAAUACAGCAGAUGCGGUGGCCAAAAUAAAGAGUGGUGAUUUCCAGUGGAUGUAUCGUACACGCAUCCGCACCUCUAUACUGGGCACUAAUGGCAAAAUACCCGAGUCCACCGAUUUAUAUAGGCAUACUGUGACGAAAAUGGAACAAGAAAAGAUUGAACCGGAAUAUUUGAGCAAAGAAUGGGCAUUGCGAUAUAAGGCGAAAAUGAAGCGAGUUCUGCCCUAUUUGGCGCUUAACGAGGUAUUUAUUGGUGAACAACUUUCGGCACGUGUUUCACAUUUGCAAUUAGUGAUAAAUCAUGACGAUAUCGACAAUAAGACGAAGUGUUCAGGAUUAUGUGUGAGCACUGGAACGGGAUCGACUUCAUGGCACACGAGCAUAAAUCGUAUUACAACCCAACAAGUUGAGGAUCUGGUAGGCAUUUUGCCUAUCUCAGAGCCUGGUGAGGGUAAACCAAUACCUGCUUUUGAUGCAGAUGAAAUCGCUACUCAAUACAAUCAAAAUUUACGUUUUGCGCCAGAUGAUCCACGUUUGUGCUAUUCAAUACGCGAACAGAUUUGUGUCGGUGUUUGGCCAAUCCCAAAGGAUUUCAAGGCGCGCAGAUUUGUGAACAGCCUAUUUGUAAAGUCAAGUUGUAUCGAUGCGAAUCUGGUAAUCGAUGGCAGCAUUUCCUAUCCGUUCAACGAUGGAGCGAAGGCGUUGUUGGAAGUGCAUCCAGAAGAUGCACUACUCACUAUUUCUCUUGACUAAGCUGUAGCAUUAGCUGUUAAGUUUGCCGAUAUAUAUAUUUAAUAUGUAUAUAUAUAUAUUGUAUUUACACACAUACCUAGGUAUGAAAAUAAGCAUGACAUUUCGAUUCAUCAUCGAUUUUAUAUAAUGGAUAUACUUACAUAAAUUAAUAUUUUACACAUACAGUGGUGGCCAUAUCAUAUGCAACAAACACAGUAUUUACGAAAAAUUGUUUGUACUUUACCAUUAAACUUUACAGAAUGUUGAUUGAAAGUUAAUUUAUUUUAGUUUGAUAUGUACACUUUUAAUUUAUAUUUUUAAAUUAAACAAAAUUAAUUCAGAUAUAAAAAAAAUGUUACCUUUAUAACACAACUUAAAAAGUACGUGGACAAAACAAAUGCAACUUUUUGAAAGCUAUCGUGAAAAAUAGUGAAACAAGUAUUUUGUUGCAAACCCAUUGCAUUUUAUGACUUCGGCGCAUCGUUUCGGCAUUGACGCAAUUAAAUUAUCAAUGGUUUUCAUCGAGAUCGAUUUCCAGGCUUCUUGCAGUUUAUUAAAAAGUUCAUCGCCAUUUCUAAUGCUAGUCCAGUCUAUCCGCCUGUUAACCAGUUCCCACAAGUUCUCAAUCGGGUUGAGAUCCGGGGACUGUGGUGGCCAUUCCAUAACAUCAACUUCAUUUUCGGUAAACCAAGACUUUACAUAUUUUACCGUGUGUUUCGGAUCAUUAUCCUGUUGGAAGACCCAACGCACCGGCAUUUCCCACUCAGCAUAUGGCAGCAUUACGUCUUCCAAAAUGUUUUUGUAGCCAUAGCGGUCCAUAAUUCCAUUAAUUUUAUGUAAUGGUCCAACUCCAUUUGCAGAAAAGCAGCCCCACACCAUUAUAUUGCCUUCACCAUGCUUAACCGUUUUCUUGCAAUAACGAGGAUCAUACCGUUUAUUCACUGGUCUUCUCACAUAAGACAUUCCAUCACUACCUAUCAAGUUAAAUUUUGACUCAUCGCUGAAAAGGACUGUUUUCCAUUUGCUGAUCGGCAAAUUUAGAUGCUCCUUGGCAAAUUUCAAACGCUUUGCCUUGUUCUUCAUUGAAAUCAUAGGUUUGUGUGCAGGACGGCAACCUCGCAGUGAAGCUUUCAAAAGGUGUCUACGCACACUUCUCGUGGAUAUUUGCAAAUUUAAGUCUUUUAUUAUUUGUCUUGGAACAAUUUCAGGAUUCUUUUUUGCCAGUUGUACUAUCAGAUUGUCUGUCCUUUGGCUGGUUUUGCGUGUGCGCCCUCCUCGGUGAAUAACAGCAACCUCUUUUCUUGUAACAAACCUUUUAAUUAUUCGCGAAAUCGUACUUUUGUGUAUGCUGUAUUUUGCAGAUAUGCCUUUCUGUGUCAUUCCUGUCUGAAAAUCUCCAAUAAUUCUCUUCCGAAGUUCAAUUCCAAAUUUGUCUCUUGCCAUUAUCAAAACCGCGAAACUUUAUUUAAAUAAACACACUAAUUUAUUUGCAGGAACAGUUGAUAUUAUAUUAUAUGCAGUAUACAAGCUAUUUUGAGUGACAGAUAAACCAAAGACAACGAAUAAAGUACCGUUACAAUAGUGUUACUUAAACUAUUUUGAAAAGUUGCAUUUGUUUUUUCCAUGCUCUUUUAGGAUUGAUGUAAAAAUGGGAGUCUAUCUUCUUUAAGGGAACAAAUAAUUACUUUUCGUUUGAAAACGUAAAAUAAAAAUAUACAUUCGAAACCAAUAUAAUUUCCCAUUAAAUCAACAUUCUGUAAAUUUUAAUGAUAAAAUAUGUACACAUUUUUGCAAAUAGGAUGUUAGUUGCAUAUGAUAUGGCCACCACUGUACAUACAUACAUACAUAUACAUGCCUAAUUGGUAAUUUGUUUUGUGAUCUAGGCUUACGAUAAGUUUAACUGUAAAGUGUGCCUGCCUAGUGUGUAAUUAGAAAUUUUUGAUUGUUAUUUUUUAAAUGAGUUGAAAUACUGAGCUUUAAUAAUAAAAAAAAACUCUAAAACGUAA